AUGAAAAAGUGGCUCGUUUUCGGAAAAUGGAUUCAAUCCAGCGGCGCUCUUCCUCCCCGCCAAUUCUACACACAGGAAGGUCGACUCGCUAGUUUUUUUUUACUCUUCGUUGAUUUCAAAAAUCGAGUCCCACUUCAGUUCAGAAACAAAAAGGGAAAAUUGAAGCUGAUCGAGCCUCCAGCUGAGGAAAUCAAGGUGUUUUUCGAGGCCGGUGCUUCCAGAGGCGGCGGCCAAAAAAUGAACAGAACUCAUAGCAUGGCCAGAGUUGUCCACGUUCCAACGAAGACUACCGCUAGAUGUCAGGACACGCGCUGGCCGAAGGAAAAUGAGGAACUGGCCCUUCUUCAUGUUCGUUAUCAACUGGAUAAAAAAGUAAACGAAAAUGGUGUUGUCGCGCAGUACGAAAAAGAACUGGAAGAGUUUUUGAAAAUGGAAGAAAUCGAAAACCAGCGACUUCGCGAAGAAGAACUUGUUUCUUUUCGCGAAGAAAGAGACGCGCAAAUUGAUAAUUUUCAGCUUCGAAGGAAAGGAGGGCUUUUCUAG